UAUCUCUAGAGAAGAAAAUUUAAUUUUGAAGGUUAAAGCAAAUUUGGCGGGCGAACGAGUGUACAGCAACUCCUUUGCUCUGUGGGAGAAUGGAGAUCAAGGCGACUGAUUCUGUUCGUGCGAGGUUGGAAAAACUUCGAAUCGUUCGUGAAAAUGAAAUUCCAGUUCAGCAGCAAAAGAUGGAGUCCUUCGCGGAUUCAUUUUGCAAAUCAGUGGAAUCGAUCAGUGUAAGGUCCCGAGCAAAUGCCCUAAGUCAAGGGAAACUGGGGGAACUAAAAGCGAGGCUGAGGGUGGCGGAAGAUGAACUGGUUAAAACUCUUGCAGUGAAGACUCGUAAAGAGGCCAAACGCCUCACAAUCAUCGACUCCAUUGCAACUUCAAAAUCCAGAAUAGAAGAACUCAGGAAUACUUUACAAGACUGCAAAGCAAGGAGGGACGAAUAUGCUACAAUUAUAUCUCAGCAAUCCUUAGUUUUAUCUUCAUCUGAACGCAAGGAAACCCAGGAGAGCGAGUGCAGAAAUGAAAUACAAGAGGCUAUUUCUUGGUACAAAAGGGUUCUUGAUUUUCAUAUUGAAGGAGGAUAUGGGGUGAAAUUCUCUUUCAAGAAAAUAAAUAUAGACAAUCCUGAUGAAGAAUAUUCUUUUACGAUCCGUCAUGCAAAUGAUACUUAUAUGUUGUUAGAUUGUAACCCAUCCUUGCCAGAUAUUAAGGAGUUGAUACAUGAAUUAAAUAAAACAAAUGGUUUGUUCAAGCUCGUCAGGAUCAUGAGACGGAGAUUCCAGGAGGCUGCAGCAGAAGGAUCUGGGGCUCCAGCAUUGUCUCUGCAUCAAGGUUCAUCAAUAAUAUCUACGUCAGCACCAGGCUUGUCAUCAUCAACUGAGAGAAGUGAUUCUUCAACUGAAGAAAUUAACAUGGAUGAAGUUGAGGAAACUAACAAACAUUCUAAGAACAUUUUACCCAGAAAGAAACCAGCUAUCCACUCCAGUGGAUCUGCUUUUUCUUUGCGUAGAUCUCCUCGUUUUAAGGUCAGGAAAUAAGAUUGGAGGCUGUUAAUGAUUGAACAAGUAUUAGGUUGAUGGGCUCAGCCUUUUGCUUCCAAAUUGCUUUGCAACUAACGUUGAUUAUGCCAUUAUGGGUCCUGAUCUCUACAUUUGCCAGAAUUUCUCUGACUACUCUGAAGGGUCCAUAUCAUACAAGUGAAGUUGAAGAAGGCUUUAUCACAUGACCUGUUGUAUGUCCAUGUAUCUGAUUUGUUUUUAUGUGUAUUAUUUUACACGAAGUUAUGGUUUUCAUGUAAUGCAUGGGGGUGAUUAUCCCAAAUGUACCGAAUGCCAGUACUUUGUAUUAAUCUGAUCUAUAUUCUAGGUUUCA